UUAGCUCGCCGGCUAGCUCGUGGGAACAGAGACUCGUGUGCGCUCCUCAACUAGCCUAACAUGUUUUUUCGGUUGAUUCCGCUUUAGUUUGUUGAAGUUACUUAUCUUUUCACAAUUUGGAUGUAAACUACAGUUGUUCUACCUCUAGGGAGCAAGAUUUAACUGUUACUCAUGAUCUGGAAUACGCCGGUGCUUCAUGGCUAAAGUUAGCAUGGCUGAACUCAUGGCGAUAUCAUAGAUGUAAUUUACCGAGGAGUCUUUGUUGUACCGGUAGCACUUCACCAUUGCAGUUAUUCGCCUACACUGCGUCAGGGAAAAGUACUGGCCGACUCCACGUGAGCCGGGCCGAACCACUGAACUUGGUGCACUCCUGCAGUUCGGUGGAGACCUUAAAACAACCCUGUGAACAAAUUAUAAGUUUUUUUAAGGCGAAUCGAAUGUUGAUUGAACAGGAAGUUUUCAAAGGUGUUCUGUUCCUGGUCUUCACAGUUAAAAUGCCAUCUGAUUUAGCAAAAAAGAAGGCAGCAAAGAAGAAAGAAGCAGCCAAAGCUCGUCAGCGUCCAAAGAAACCAGAGGAUGGAGUGAAUGGUGAUGCAGAGAAACCUGAGAUCCAGCAAAAUGGAGCAGCUGAGGUCAAUGGGGUUGCCAGUUUGACGAAGGAGCUGGAUGAGUUUGAGUUGAAGAAAACCGAGGCUCGGGCAGUGACCGGUGUUCUUGCUUCUCAUCCCAAUAGCACGGAUGUGCACAUCAGCAGCUUGUCUCUCACCUUUCAUGGACAGGAGCUGCUCAGUGACACUAGUUUGGAGCUCAACUCUGGCCGUCGGUAUGGCCUUAUUGGACUCAAUGGAACCGGCAAAUCUAUGCUGCUGUCAGCGAUUGGUUACAGGGAGGUGCCAAUUCCAGAGCACAUUGAUAUCUACCACCUGACCCGUGAGAUGGCUCCCAGUGAGAAGACCGCUCUGGAGUGUGUGAUGGAGGUUGAUGAAGAGAGGAUCAAACUGGAGAGAGAGGCUGAACGACUCGCUCAUGAGGAUUCUGAAUGUGAGAAGCUGAUGGAGCUGUAUGAGCGUUUAGAGGAGCUGGACGCUGAUAAAGCCGAGAUGAGGGCCUCGCGGAUCCUCCAAGGUCUGGGCUUCACUACUGCAAUGAAGCAGAAGAAACUCAAGGACUUCAGUGGUGGCUGGAGGAUGCGUGUUGCUCUUGCUCGGGCACUGUUUCUCAAGCCUUUCAUGUUGCUGUUGGAUGAGCCAACAAACCACCUUGACUUGGAUGCUUGUGUGUGGCUGGAGGAAGAGCUCAGACAGUUCAAAAGAAUUCUGGUUUUAAUAUCCCAUUCUCAGGACUUCCUCAAUGGCGUUUGUACCAACAUUAUUCACCUGCACCAGCGCAAGCUGAAAUAUUACACGGGUAAUUAUGACCAGUAUGUGAAGACCAGAGAGGAGCUGGAGGAGAAUCAGAUGAAGCGGUUUAAUUGGGAGCAGGACCAAAUAGCACACAUGAAGAACUACAUCGCUCGGUUUGGUCACGGUUCUGCCAAGCUGGCCAGACAAGCUCAGAGCAAAGAGAAGACUCUACAGAAGAUGGUUGCCUCAGGUCUUACUGAGCGUGUUGUGAAUGACAAGACCCUGUCAUUUUAUUUUCCUCCCUGUGGGAAGAUCCCUCCUCCUGUCAUUAUGGUUCAGAAUGUCAGCUUCAGGUAUUCGGAUAAUACGCCAUAUAUUUAUAAGAACCUGGAGUUUGGAAUUGAUUUGGACACAAGGGUGGCCCUUGUAGGGCCCAAUGGGGCGGGCAAGUCUACAUUGCUGAAGCUCCUAACUGGAGAGCUCCUGCCCUCAGAUGGUAUGAUUAGAAAACACUCCCAUGUGAAGAUUGGACGAUAUCAUCAGCAUCUAACAGAGCAAUUGGAGCUUGACCUUUCACCUCUGGAGUACAUGAUGAAAUGUUACCCUGAGAUUAAGGAGAAAGAAGAAAUGAGGAAAAUCAUUGGCCGCUAUGGACUCACUGGCAAACAGCAGGUGAGCCCUAUAAGGAAUCUGUCUGAUGGGCAGAAGUGCCGUGUCUGCUUUGCCUGGCUGGCCUGGCAGAAUCCCCACAUGCUCUUUCUUGAUGAGCCGACCAAUCACCUUGACAUUGAAACCAUUGACGCUCUUGCUGAGGCGAUCAAUGACUUUGAGGGUGGAAUGAUGCUGGUCAGCCACGACUUUAGGCUUAUUCAGCAGGUGGCUCAGGAGAUCUGGGUUUGUGAAAAGCAGACCAUCACAAAAUGGAGCAAGGACAUUCUGGCCUACAAGGAACAUCUAAAAUCAAAGAUUGACAAACAGAUGCAUGAUUUAUAGUCAAUAUAUCCCCCCUAUAGAGGGCAGUUCCAACAUCUCUGCCAUCCAGACUAUUGCUCUCCAGGAAAUACAAGCAUGCUGUUUAGACUGCAGUUUCAGAACCACCUAUAAGACCCGAGUCAGUCACUGGGGUUUCCAGUGCAAGUAGCUGUCUUAUCAUUUUUGUGUGUUAAAUAUGCAUCACAGUAUUUGGACUUUACUUUUUGAAAAACCUAUUAAAAAUCAUGGGUGUGCACUUCAUCUUUUUGUACUAGAACAGGGAAAGUCCAUAGGCCAGACUGUAAUACAAACGUUAAAGUAAACUUCAACUCUUGAUGAGCUUUUUUUUUUUUUAUUUUAUCAAAUAUUGUUUAAAGCUGUAUUUGCAAUAAUGUCUAAUUAAAAGCGUACAUUUAUUGA